AAUAAACUUUAGCAAGUAGUUGAAUUAUGCCAUAAGAUUAUACAUUAAAAAAUAAAACAAAAGUAGCAUAAAAAAAGAGGAAGGUAGUGUUUAGAAUAUGCACUUUUCUACUAUCUGUUUGAAAAUUUAAAAUUUGCAUGCACUUUAUUGGACAUCCUGCUACGAUGUAACCUCAAUCGUAGGGGUAAACUGCCAAUGGCGUAUAAGAAGAGCCUGAAGAGUAAUUAAGGUGACACGAUUGCUCCACAGAUCGAAACCUUCAACUGUCCUCGAAAGAUGCACUGCUACACCCUAAGCGAAGACCAAACCCCACCAGUCCCUUUCAAAGCUUCUGCCAUGUCUCUGUAUAAAAUAAGUGCAGGAAUCUGGAAUUGGCGCCAGUUUCUACCAAAUUGCUGAUCUUUAAAGCUUUGAACUUCAUGGCACCUGCGUAUCGGCUGCGGCACGCUCAGGCAUAUAAAUAAACGAACGAAUUCAGGCGUGAAGGCGAGAGCAUCACUUAAAUACAGAGUAGUCUCCUUUCUAUACAUUUCAAUUUCAAUUCCUGCUUUGUCAAUUUGCCUCUGCCACACCACUUUGCACGCACCCCCAAAAGGACAGCGGGUGCGCAUUGCCCAGUACCGCUCGCCAUCUACAUUUUAACCCUAAAAACCCUAAUCAAGGGGAUAACGGUAGUUCUGAACCCGAGUUAACUUUUUUUAAGCUUUAUCCGGACCAGCAUUUAUGAACAGUAGUAAAUGCGAACAGGCGAGACAGCACGUUAUAAGGAAUUUAUAAAAGCAAAAGCUGCAGGACGGAUUCUUUAAUUCCCCCACCAUCUUUUUCGCUUUUUCUUUAUUCCGACCGGGGGAAAAUAAUAAGGCUCUUGGGAUGCUCCCCCCACUCAGCGGCCUUGUGUCCACGCGCCUUGCUCCAAUUCACCAUCCGUAACGGCCGUUACUUUAGGAAAAGUCAGUCUCUCUCCUAAUAUAUUCGUUUCAGUGACAUGGCAGGAAUAUGAUGGCGUGGAUUUUGUAGGAAUCCUACGUGGAAAACGUGUCUUUGGGGCCGUUCGAACAGGUUAAAGUUGGGGCAUUCUCAAGAAUGGCAACGGAAGGAAAGAUAAAGGGAGAUCUCAGGCCGGGCCAACUUUAGCUGAGCUGAUGGAUGGAUGGAUUCGAGUUUAGUAUUCCAGUUCGGUCAAAAUAAAUCACAUAUUCGUCCGCUUUCGCUUGUACUUGUAUAGAUUGAGACAUAAAUUCCCACAGCGAGCGAUAGUUACAUCACUCAUGAUAUUUCCGCCCGAAAUCGUGUUGUGCACUUCUCGUUUCUGUAGUGAAUUUCAUCAUUUCUAGUUUCCGUUAGGUACCCAGUGGGCUUAAAAUGCCAUUCCUGCAGUUGUAGCAGCCAUUGUUUUCGUGGGCAACAAUGGGGUGCUUGUAUUUGGGGGCUGUGAUAGCGACAUUGUAUGUCCUUUUGGUGGGUUGCUGUAGCGAGGCUGUCGAUCUGAAUGACGAUGUGCUGGGACUGAUAGUGUUCAAAGCGGAUUUGCACGAUCCAAAUUCAUUUCUGAGUUCGUGGAAUGAAGAGGAAGAUAGUCCUUGCAGCUGGGCGGGGGUGAAGUGCAAUCCGAGAGCGGGGAGAGUAACAGAGUUGGUGCUGGACAAUCUUUCUCUUUCUGGAAAGAUUGGGAGGGGUCUCACCAGGCUACAGUUUCUUCACACAUUGUCUCUCGCAAGCAACAACUUCUCUGGCGAUAUCAGUCCAGAUCUGGUGCAGAUUGAAAGCCUCAGGAUUCUGAAUUUAAACCACAAUGCUCUCUCUGGCAUGGUUCCUGCCCGCCUCUUUCAACAAUGUACUACUUCUCUCAGAGUCCUCUCGCUCGCCUACAAUGCAUUUCAAGGUACACUUCCUGAUACCGUAAGCUCAUGUGCUAGUUUAACGGCAUUGAACUUAUCUGGCAACCAUUUCUCUGGGCCUCUACCUCUCAAAAUAUUUUCUUUGAGAAAUCUGAGAUCACUGGACCUGUCCCAUAAUUCCUUCGCUGGGAGUGUUCCCCAGGGCAUCGGAGGCCUCACUAGUCUCAGAGAGAUACAUUUGAAUGCUAAUAAUUUAUCUGGUCCUAUACCGCCUGAUAUAGGAGACUGCGUCCUUCUGAAAAAUGUAGAUUUGAGCUUCAACAUGCUAUCGGGCUUUCUUCCCGAUUCGCUUAGACAGUUGAAUUUUGUUUCUUCUAUGAGCUUCAGUAAUAAUAACCUGGUGGGUAACAUUCCUUCUUGGUUAGGAAGCUUGCGAAACCUAGAGUCUGUAGACUUGUCUGGCAAUGGUUUGAGUGGAAGCCUUCCAGCCUCGGUUGGCAUGCUGCAGAAUGUUAGGUCCAUUAAUGUGUCAAAUAAUAAACUUUCAGGAGCCAUUCCCGAGUCUUUAAUGGGUUGCACUACCUUGUUUUCACUUGAUAUCAGCAAAAACAACUUCAGUGGAAGCAUUCCUGGGGAACUAUUUGAAUUGGGCUUACAAAAUAUACGUUUGUCAGGGAACAGUCUCAGCGGUACUAUACCUCACGCUGCUUCUUCAAACUUGUAUAAGUUUCUGGAGGUGUUGGAUUUGGCACAUAAUCUCUUGAGUGGGGAAAUUCCGCCGGUGAUCGGUCAAUGCACAAAUUUGAAGUAUUUGAAUUUAUCAAAGAACCUUCUCGCUUCCAACGUUCCUUCAGAGUUUGGUAAUCUUCAUUCUUUGAAGACACUGGAUUUAAGUUUCAAUCGUCUAUAUGGGGACAUUCCUGGCACACUUGGGAGUGCUACUGCUAUCUCUGUGCUGCAACUUGAUGGUAAUUGUUUAACUGGGCACAUCCCCGGAGAGAUCGGAAAGUGUACAUCUCUGUUAUUGUUGAGUUUGUCGCACAACAGUUUGACCGGACAUGUACCCAAGGAACUUGCCAAGCUGCACUCUCUGAGAAUUCUUAAUUUGUCAGUGAACAAUCUAACUGGAGAUCUUCCACAGCAACUCGGGAACUUGGGUAAUUUGUUAUCUGUUAAUGUUUCUCACAACCGACUUAAAGGGAAGAUUCCAACAGGUGGCAUAUUCAACACAUUGAACAAGACUGCACUUGAAGGAAAUGCAGGGCUAUGUGGAUCUGGCGUGAAUGUUUCUUGCCCUAUGGUUAUGCCUAAGCCAAUAGUUCUCAAUCCAAAUUCAAGUGGGAGUACAACAAAAGGGACCGGAUUAAUUAAAUCUAGACACAGCAGAAUUGUUCUAAGUGUCUCUGCAAUAAUAGCAAUAUCUGCAGCAGCAGUGAUUGCAUUUGGUGUUGUUGCUGUGACUGUUCUGAAUAUAAGAGCUCAGUCUAGUUCAAGAUCUUUGAAUCAUAUGCUUGAUAGCUUUUCUCAGUCCCCCUCUACUGAUAUGGGUCUAGGAAAACUUGUUAUGUUUACACCGCAUUCAGAUCAUACAUCUGAAGAUUGGGUGACCAGUGCCCAUGCAUUGCUUAACAAAGACUGUGAACUUGGCAGGGGAGGUUUUGGCACUGUUUACAAAGCAGUUCUAGGGGAUGGGAGGAUAGUUGCUAUAAAGAAAUUGAUGGUUUCAAGUUUGGUUAAGUCGCAAGAAGAUUUUGAGAAGGAGGUACAGCUGCUGGGCAAAAUUAAACAUCCAAAUCUUGUGAGCUUGCAAGGCUACUACUGGACACCACAGCUACAGCUUCUCAUAUAUGAGUAUAUCCAAAGUGGAAGCUUGUAUAGCCGACUUCAUGAGGUUUCCCAGUCAGAUGCCCCUUUAAACUGGGCAACUCGGUUCAACAUAGCCUUGGGGACUGCAAGGGGGCUUGCACAUCUUCACCAUUCUUGCAGACCACCAGUUAUACACUAUAACAUAAAAUCUAGCAAUGUUUUGCUUGAUGAGGAUUGCAAUCCCAAAAUUGCUGAUUAUGGCCUUGCAAAGUUGCUGCCAAUGCUUGACAGAUACAUACUCAGUAGCAAGAUUCAGAGUGCAUUAGGAUAUAUGGCCCCUGAGUUUGCCUGUCAAAGCCUCAAGAUAAAUGAGAGAUGUGAUGUGUAUGGCUUUGGGGUGUUGCUUCUAGAACUUGUUACAGGUAGGAGGCCGGUUGAAUACAUGGAGGAUGAUGUUGUGAUCCUAUGUGACAAUGUGCGAUCUUUACUCAAUGAAGGAAAGCCUUUAAAUUGUGUGGACCCAGCUUUGUCUGAAUAUCCUGAAGAUGAAGUUAUUCCUGUGAUUAAACUUGGGCUGAUUUGCACAUCCCAAGUACCUUCAAAUAGGCCGCCUGUGGCAGAGGUGGUGCACAUACUCGAGCUGAUCAGAUCACCAACAGAGAGUAGAGAAUUGCUUUGAAGGGAAGUUGAAAAAGCUUGACUUCAGACCAAACAUAUAUGAAAUGGGCAGUGUGAGUGACACUGCUUAAGAGGAGUUCCGUUGCAGCAGCCCUCAAUCUUGAAGUGCCCUAUCUACCUUGUGAAUCUAUAAAUAUCUAGAGCGAUUGAAAUUUGCAACCGUGGUUUUGCUUGUGUAGACAAAAUAUUCGGUAGGGCCAAUUUUAUAUUUGAUUGAGGGAGAAUGUCCUUUUUAUCAGUGUCAAGUUUCAUUGUCCAAACUGGAAAUUCUUUUGAGAGCGGCUUUUGCCAUUUACUUAAUUUUUAUCUUAUGGCAGGUUUCUGUGCUUUCUGCCAGAUGAUAUAUUGUCCACUAUAUAAAUUUUUACAUAUUGCUUUCAUUAGAAUUCUGUUAUCGA